AUGCCCCAAAGUGUUCGUACUAAAAAGAAACCUGAUGCCACCGGUGAAGUGGAGCGAGAUAGUAAGAGUAAAAAUGUUCCUGAGUAUCAAUCUGAUUUCGAAGAUAGUAACACUAUGAGUUCGUCUGAGAAUAUGUCCGAUAUUGAAAAUAGCAUGCGUCUAAAACAAGAUGUUAGAGAAGAUGAAGGCGAGAAUAAGACAGAAGCGGAGGCUUAUGAUGCUUUGAGAAGAUCUGUUCUAGGUAGUCCUUUAAGUUCAGCAAGAGAGAAUGCUGAAGGCGAUGAUGUAAUGUCAUUCUUGAGCGAAGAUAGUGAUAUUGAUGCGCUAGAGCAAGAGUUAGCCGAAAUUGUAUCCCCACGUGCAGUCGCAAGUGGUAACAACGCUAACGAAAGGUCGCAAAGAUCAAGCAUUCGUAGACUGCCAAGCAUUCCAGCUUCACAAAGUGCCCAUAAUAUUAAAGGAGUUGAUGAUUCUAAUCAAGAUCAUAAUCGACCUCGCUCUCGUAGUGCAGGUACGGAUCAAACAGCUGAUCAGCCCCAAUCUCCUACCCUUGAAGAUACACUUUCUCGUGAUAAAUCAUAUAGUCAGGAUAGCAUAGGAGACGCUAUAAAAGAUGAAAGCCAGCAAACUGUUCAAAAAAUACGCCAAGUAUUAAUGAGUGAUGAUAUGGACGAUGAGAACAUGUUUGACCUGGAGCCAAAUACUCCUAAAAAGGAAAUUAAAGCACUAUCGUCUGAUGACGAUUUUGACUUCUAUGGAUAA